AUGGAAUUGAAGAGAUUAGAGAAAACAGAGACACUGAACUUGUUGGUGGUCUUCAUAUAUGUGCAAAAGCAAUUUCACAAUGAAAACUUAUUGAACAGAAACUUGUUGAACAGAUUGCUAUUAUUGUCAUUCAAGACACCAUCCACACUAAGUACCAAUUCAGAAAUUGGUUCAGAUUGUUCCAAAAGGUAUGACCAACACUUAAGAGAAAAAGAGUUGACGAGUGUUAAUUCGCAGCUAAAGACAAAGAAAUUGAAGCUUUUAAAGAAGAAGCUUGCUGAAGAAAUUGCAAAGAGAGAAGUCGCUGAGAAGGCACUUUCUGAAAUGAAAAUCAAGAACGUCGACUUGGAAACUUUAGUUUAA